AUGGCGUCCUCACUACGCCUGCCUGCUAGCAGCUUUGCUAGCGCCACACGUCCAAGCUCCGUGAUCGCACAGACUUUUACCCCGGCUUCGCAUCAAUACCGACCAUUUUGCCAAUCCUCUCAGCGAUGGGCAUACAAGAGCACCAACUUCUCGCCCAAGGCCCCCACAGGUCCUUCGAUGAAGACUCGGCAAAAAGAACUCAUGACUGGUCAAUUACCUAGUGAUAUUGGAAUUUUGCCGGGAACCUUUGUCCGGCCGCUGUGGAGGGAUCUGCCUUCGGUUUUCAAGAGCCCGCGGGAUCGGUGGAACAUGGAAUGGGUUUCGUUGAAGAGCUGGUUCCAGAACUUCAUAAGUUUGGUCACUUAUUGCAAGAGGAUCAACAAUAUCCCCUUGAUGUUGAAAGAGCGGCGGAAGAUUGGGCGCCUUUUGUAUGGCGAUAUGUACACUGCCUUUGCAGGAGGUGAUAUCUCCGGCAUUCGUCGUAUUUGUGGUGAAGGUCUUGCCAAAAAUCUCUCCUCACAGAUUGAAGGCCGACCCAAGAACCAGCAAGUGACCUGGAACCUUGUCAAAUGGGUUCGAGGACCAAGCACAUUUUUUACCGGUAUCCGUGUUAUGUCAGACCGCGCAACCCAAAUUCCCGAAGUUCCCAACUCGGGUAUUCGCCAGAUCGUCCUGCGUAUGACCUCCCGACAGUCCAUGUCCAAAACCACAAAGGGUUCGAACGCAGAAGUUACUGGGGUCCCUGCCAAAGAGCAAACCUGCGUGGAACACUUUGUCAUCCAGGAGAUUCGCUGGAACGGCAAGAGCACCGGAUGGCGGGCCUGGGGCCAUGUCACACCCACAGAUCUGGAAACCGUUUAUAGCGACCCUGCCUUCGCCCCGGGGCUGACCGCUUUGGAGCGGUUGGAGGGUAUGAAGAAGACCAUGGGCCAGUGA